GUUGUUCGCGGUCGCCAUCUCUCACAAACCUUCUCUUCGUCUUCCUUGUUCGCCAUCACCCUAAAUCUCUCGCACGAACCUUCUGUUUGUCCUCCUUGUUCACAAAAAUCAAAUCCUCUUCGUCUUCCUUGUUCGCCAUCACCCUAAAUCUCUCGCACGAACCUUCUCUUCGUCCUCCUUGUUCGCGAAAAUCAAAUCCUCUGUCGUGUUUCUGCUGAGCCUUCUCUCGCAAUGAAGUCGCCUUCCAAGAUUUCGUCUUCCCCAUCCACGAAAACUCUGUCCUCUGUCAUUUUCGUCGGUUUGCACCCCACCGUUUACCUAGUCGUCAACAUUUAGAUUCACCAUCGUUCUCCCUUCGUCGGUGUUCGUGCAAUCAAUGCCUAUCACGCAAGGUCGUUCUAUUUCGUGUUUCUUCCAGUUGUCGUUGCGCACAAACUCGCACCUCCGCCCUCUACUCACUCCAAUCAAUUGUUCCGAAUAUAAAACACACACUUGCAAUCCAAAAUUCUUCAAUCAGAAAGUACCCCAGAAACUAAUCUUGCUCUUGAGAAGAUUAGAAGGCCUUUAUAUGAAAAGCAUCCCAUGAGCAAAUUUGCAUGGACAAUAGCUGAAGACACUGAUACUACGGAAUGGUACAACAUCUGCCAAGAUGCCCUAAGAAAAGUUAAUGAAUCGUAUCAAGGAAAAGAGACUGCUGACAUCAUUCAAAACAAAGUUUUGCAGGCUCGAGAGGAGGAUGAGGAGAUUGAAUUCAAUUGUGCUAAUUACCAGCUUGAAAUAAUGAGAUGCUUGAGAGAACUCAAUGUUAACAACACUAUUGGAUGGAUUGGAACAUCAAAUAUUGGAGGCUGGAGCAGAUAUUUGGGUUACUUCAUCUUACCAGAUUAGCUCUGCUAUUGGUGGUACUUAUUUUAGCUCAUGAAUUGGAGGUAGUAGAGGAUGCAGAAUGCAAGUUUAUUUGAAGCCAAGUUUCAUUCAAGGUCAUUGAGUUCGGUUGAUAGAAGUAAUGUUUUGUAUAUGACAAUAUCGAACAAAUAUGUAAAGUUUUCGAAAUGUUGAUACAUAUAUGGUAAAAUGUUAAUAUAUGUUAAAGUUUUGGAAUUGUUCUA